AUUUGAAAUUCAAUGGCUUCAUCAGUUCUUCGUUCUUAAAUUCCAUUAGGUGGAAUAUGUGAUGUAGAAUCAGCAAAACAUGUUGCAAGAAGACUAUUUGAAUCUUAUGAUAGAGAUAGAAAUGGAAUCUUAGAUUAAGGAGAAGUAGCACCUAUGAUGGUAGAUGCAUAUAAAGGAAUGUCUAAAGGAUUCAAUCCAAGCAAAUCAGAUAUAGAUACUUAUUUAAAAAUCCUUGAUAGAAAUGGAGAUGGAAAAAUCACUAUCUAAGAUAUUGAAGCAUUAGCUAUUAAAUACUUAGUUGGCAUUACUGGAGAGUCACCUAAAAGACCUAAGAGAUAAUAUUCUAAAUUUGUUGAAGAACGUUUAGAUGUUGCUAGAAGACUCUUUCGUAAAUUUGAUUAAGAUGGUUCUGGAUUCAUAACUGAAAAUGAAGUAUGUUUUCAUAAUAUAUAAUUUAUAGGUUCCAUAAUUAUUAAUUGAAACCUAUAAAUCUAUGGGUAUCCAAUAUAAUCCAACUUAAGAAGAUGUUAAAUCAUGGAUGAGAAUGACUGACCUCAAUGAUGAUGGUCAAGUAUCACUUGAAGAAUAUGAAGAUUUAGUUAUUAGAUCACUUUAGCAUGCAGGAAUCCAACUUGAAUGA